CGCGCACACCAUGACGAAGAACGAAGAGAAGUCCCUCAACCAGAGCCUGGCCGAGUGGAAGCUCUUCACCUACAACCCGACCACCGGAGAGUUCCUGGGGCGCACCGCCAAAAGCUGGGGUUUGAUCUUGCUCUUCUACCUAGUUUUUUAUGGGUUCCUGGCUGCACUCUUCUCAUUCACGAUGUGGGUUAUGCUUCAGACUCUCAACGAUGAGGUUCCAAAAUACCGUGACCAGAUUCCUAGCCCAGGACUCAUGGUUUUUCCAAAACCAGUGACCGCAUUGGAAUAUACAUUCAGUAGGUCUGAUCCAACUUCGUAUGCAGGGUACAUUGAAGACCUUAAGAAGUUUCUAAAACCAUAUACUUUAGAAGAACAGAAGAACCUCACAGUCUGUCCUGAUGGAGCACUUUUUGAACAGAUGGGUCCAGUUUAUGUUGCAUGUCAGUUUCCUAUUUCAUUACUUCAAGCAUGCAGUGGUAUGAAUGAUCCUGAUUUUGGCUAUUCUCAAGGAAACCCUUGUAUUCUUGUGAAAAUGAACAGAAUAAUUGGAUUAAAGCCUGAAGGAGUGCCAAGGAUAGAUUGUGUUUCAAAGAAUGAAGAUAUACCAAAUGUAGCAGUUUAUCUUCAUAAUGGAAUGAUAGACUUAAAAUAUUUCCUAUAUUAUGGGAAAAAACUGCAUGUUGGGUAUCUACAGCCAUUGGUUGCUGUUCAGGUCAGCUUUGCUCCUAACAAUACUGGGAAAGAAGUAACAGUUGAGUGCAAGAUUGAUGGAUCAGCCAACCUGAAAAGUCAGGAUGAUCGUGACAAGUUUUUGGGACGAGUUAUGUUCAAAAUCACAGCACGUGCAUAGUAUGAGUAGGAUAUCUCCACAGAGUAAAUGUUGUGUUGUCUGACUUCAUUUUGUAACAGCUGGACCUUCCAUUCUAGAAUUAUGAGACCACCUUGGAGAAAGGUGUGUGGUACAUGACAUUGGGUUACAUCAUAACGUGCUUCCAGAUCAUAGUGUUCAGUGUCCUCUGAAGUAACUGCCUGUUGCCUCUGCUGCCCUUUGAACCAGUGUACAGUCGCCAGAUAGGGACAGGUGAACACCUGAUUCCAAACAUGUAGGAUGGGGGUCUUGUCCUCUUUUUAUGUGGUUUAAUUGCCAAGUGUCUAAAGCUUAAUAUGCCGUGCUAUGUAAAUAUUUUAUGGAUAUAACAACUGUCAUAUUUUGAUGUCAACAGAGUUUUUGGGGAUAAAAUGGUACCCGGCCAACAUCAAGUGACUUUAUAGCUGCAAGAAGUGUGGUAUGUGGAGAAGUUCUGUAUGUGAGGAAGGAAAAAAAGAAAAUAAAAGUGUAUUUGAAAAAUAUUAAAAAAA